AAUCGAAUGAAUUAAAUUAAAUUAAAUUAAAAUUACAUCUCAGCUAUUUGGAAAGAAAAAAUGUCAUCAUCAAGAUCGAUAAAAAUUGCCAAAUUGUUUUUGGCCAUAUCGAUAAUCGGAUCAUUAGCAUUGAUAUUGAAUGUACAUCAACAACAGAUUAUUGAUCGACAACGUUUACAUGAAGGUGUUUUACGUGAUCAAGAACGGCAACGUUAUAAACAAAUGCUUCGUGAUCUUUCCAAUAAUAAUAAUAAAUCAUCAUCAUCACCACCACCAUCGGCUAAUUGAAUUAUGAUUUCUAAUUCAAAUUU